UAGGAGUUGGAAGUGAGAGAGAUGGAGAGGAGAAAGGUUGUGAUGUGUGGUGUCUUAUUUCUUCUUGGUUUAUUAUCAGCUGUUACUGCCUUCGCCGCUGAAGCUACUCGAAUCAAGAGAUCUCAGGUCAAGGUUACUGUUUCGGAUUCAAUCAAAAAAUGCACUUAUCCAAGAAGUCCAGCUUUUGACCUCGGCUUCACUUCAGCUCUCUUUCUGAUGAUGGCUCAGAUAAUAGUCAGUGUCUCAAGCGGUUGUUUCUGUUGUAGAAAAGGUCCUGCUCCUUCGAGGUCUAAUUGGAUUAUCUCCUUAAUCUGCUUUGUUGUUUCCUGGUUCACUUUUGUAAUAGCUUUCCUGGUGCUGCUUACUGGAGCUGCACUCAACGAUGAACACACCGAGGAAUCAAUGAAUGCUGGUACCUACUUUUGCUACAUUGUGAAACCAGGCGUUUUCUCUACCGGCGCUGUGCUUUCGCUUAUUACUAUUGCCCUCGGGAUUGUCUACUAUUUGUGUUUGACUUCAAGUAAGCAAAAUGUUGCUGCCACAACGACGGGCACAAACCAAGGAACAGGAAUAGCAAUGGGGCAGCCUCAGAUUCCAGAGAGAGUAGAAGAUCCCGUCUUUGUAACAGCAGCUUGUCCACAAAGAGUUUUGCUUUGUUUUCUCGAGAAAGAAAUUGAAUUUGAGAUUAUUCAUAUCGAUCUUGAUACAUUCGAGCAGAAAAAACCAGAACAUCUUCUUCGUCAGCCAUUUGGUCAAGUUCCAGCCAUAGAAGAUGGAGAUUUCAAGCUUUUUGAAUCACGAGCCAUUGCGAGAUACUACGCGACCAAGUACGCGGACCAAGGCACGAACCUUUUGGGCAAGUCUCUAGAGCAUCGAGCCAUCGUGGACCAGUGGGCUGACGUGGAGACCCAUUACUUCAACGCUCUGGCCCAUCCCAUUGUUAUUAACCUAAUCAUCAAGCCUAGGUUAGGCGAAAAAUGUGACGUCGUUUUGGUCGAGGAGCUCAAAGUGAAGCUAGGAGUGGUCUUGGACAUAUACAAUAACCGGCUUUCUUCGAACCGGUUUUUGGCUGGUGAAGAGUUCACUAUGGCUGAUUUAACGCACAUGCCGGCGAUGGGGUACUUGAUGAGUAUAACCGAUAUAAACCAGAUGGUUAAGGCUCGUGGUAGUUUUAACCGGUGGUGGGAAGAGAUUUCGGAUAGACCGUCUUGGAAGAAGCUUAUGGUGCUGGCUGGUCACUGAAUUAGCUCGAAUUUAUGAUGAUCUUAACCAAAUAAGCUUUAUAUUUUCUGUUUUCUGUUUGUGUUGUUUUGUACGUUUCAGUAAUAAAUGCAAUUUACUUUU